AUGCUGUUGAUACUCUUGAGUCGAGUGACUUCAGCCCUAGAAGUGCCUCUUGAUCUGCCCCAGCCCCCCACCAUAACGCUACAGUCCCCGAAGGAUUACAUCUUUGAUCCGCGGGAGAACAUCGUCAUCCACUGUGAGGCCAAGGGGAAGCCAAGUCCCAGCUUCUCCUGGACGAGAAAUGGCACACACUUCGACGUGGAGAAAGACUCCAAAGUCCUGAUCAAGCCCGGCUCAGGGACCCUCGUCAUCGACAUCAGCGGCGAAAAGGCGGAGGCUUACGAGGGAACAUAUCAGUGCACAGCCCAUAAUGAGCACGGCACGGCUGUAUCCAACAACAUCGUCAUCAGACAGUCUAGGUCCCCCCUGUGGUCGAAGGAGAGAAAUGAAGCCAUCACUGUGCAGAUGGGGGUCUCCGUGGUGCUGCAGUGCAGGCCCCCUGCUGGGCUGCCCCCUCCGGUCAUCUUCUGGAUGGAUAACAACUUUCAGAGGCUGCAGCUGGACAAGCGAGUGUCCCAGGCCCUGAAUGGAGAUUUGUACUUUUCCAACGUUCUCCAAGAAGACACCAGGAGCGACUACAUCUGUUACGCCCGCUUCCCCCACACGCAGACGAUCCAGCAGAAACAGCCCAUCUCCGUCACCGUGCUCAACAUGGAUACAAUGAAUGAGACUGUGGCUGCUUUAUACAAUAUCACUGAGUUCUAUAGUGGUGACCCACAGGGGGAGCGUCGUCCAGGGUUCAUGAUGCCUUCUGGCCCCACCAGUACCAAGAUGGUCCUGAGAGGAGAGACCCUGGAGCUGGAGUGCAUCGCCGAGGGCUUGCCCACUCCAGAGAUGUCGUGGCAGAAGGACGGAGGUGAGCUGCCAGACAGCAGGACGUCCUUUCAGAACUUCAUGAAAACACUGAAGAUUUCCGACGUGAAUGAAGCAGACGGAGGCGACUACCACUGUACGGCAGCAAACAACCUGGGCACUGUACACCACAUCAUCAAGGUCACUGUCAAAGCGGCUCCUUUCUGGGUCAGCGCUCCCAGGAACCUGGUCCUCGCCCCGAAUGAGACCGGCAUCCUGACCUGCCGGGUCAGUGGAGAACCCAAACCCAAAAUCAGCUGGUUUGUCAACGGAGUCCCAAUAGAAAAUGCUCCUGAGGACCACACUCGCAAGGUGGAGGACGACACCGUGAUCCUCAGCAAUGUGCAGUCAGGAUCCAGCGCCGUCUACCAGUGUAACGCAUCCAAUGAGUUCGGCUACCUGAUGGCCAACGCUUUUGUCAGUGUUCUCGCUGAAGCACCGAGAGUACUCACUCCCCCCAACCGAGUGUACCAGGUCAUCACCAACAACCCUGCACUACUUCACUGUUCUUCCUUUGGCUCGCCAAUACCAACCAUCACAUGGUUCAAAGACAGUCAGACCAGCAUUAAAAAUGGCGACCCGUAUGUGAUCCAUGAGAACGGCACGCUGGAGAUCCACGUGGCCCAGCCGCUCGACAGCGGGAAGUACACCUGCAUUGCCACCAACAACCUGGGGAUCAAGGAGAACCAUGUGUUCCUGGAGGUUAAAGUGUCAACUCGUAUCCUGAAGCAGCCGGAGUACAAGGUGGUGCAGAGAGGAAAGAGCGCUGUGUUCGAGUGUAAGGUCAAACACGACCCUUCCCUCAUUCCCACCAUGACUUGGCUCAAAGACAACGGAGAACUGCCAGAUGAUGAGAGGUUUGAGGUGGACAUAGACAGUCUGACCGUCAAACAUGUGACUGACGAAGACGAGGGCACCUACACCUGCAUCAUGAACACGACCCUGGACCAGGACUCUGCCAGUGCCAUGCUGACUGUCGUCGAAAAACCCGACGCCCCGACCGACCUGGAACUCACGGACCAGACAGACAGAAGCGUUCAACUCAGCUGGAUCCCUGGAGAUGAGCACAACAGUCCCACACAGAAGUUUCUGAUCCAAUACGAGGAUCUGCUCCACCAGCCGGGACUGUGGAACAACCUGACGGAGGUUGCGGGCACCGGCACAACAGCCCAGUUGAAGCUUUCCCCGUUCGUCUACUACUCUUUUAGGGUGCUGGCUCAGAACCUCGUGGGCCACAGCAACCCCAGCCAGCCGUCGCGCCAAUAUAGGACCAACCCUGCAGCUCCUGAUGAAAAUCCAUCGGAUGUUCAGGGAGUAGGAACAGAGUCUGACAACCUGGUCAUCUCCUGGACACCACUGACUGGUUUCCAGUCCAAUGGGCCUGGUUUGGAGUACAAAGUGCUGUGGAGACAGAAGGACAUGGAUGGGGAGUGGUCGUCGAAGAACGUGGCCAACGUCUCCCGUUUCAUCGUGACGGGAAUCCCAACGUUUGUGCCGUUUGAAAUUAAAGUUCAAGCGAUGAAUGAUUACGGCAGCGGACCUGAGCCCGAACCGUUGAUCGGGUACUCAGGAGAAGACAUGCCGCUGUCUGCUCCUGAGAGCGUGCAGGUCAUGGUUCACAACAGCACGCUAGCAGAAGUGCAUUGGGAGCCUGUGUCUUUCCCUUCAGUAAGAGGGAAACUUCAGGGAUACAAGGUGUACUAUCAGCGCGAGCGCGGCUUGCAUGAGACAGAGAAGACGACGGAUGAGGAGGAGCAGGUUCUGACGUUCAGCGGGAACCGUAGCGAGGGACGUCUGCCCGGCCUGCAGCCGUACAGCCUCUACAUCCUCUUCAUCACGGUCGUCAAUAGCAGAGGGGAGGGGCCUCAGAGUCCAAGCAAGACAUUUGAGACCCCGGAGGGAGUCCCAGGUCCUCCUUCUUCUCUGACAGUCCUGAACCCCAGUCUGGACUCUCUCACCCUGGAGUGGGGCCCACCAAUGAACAAUAACGGACGCCUUGCUGGAUAUACACUGAAGUACCAACCAGUCAACACCACCAAUGAACUGGGACCAGUCAAGAUCGUGACGUUCCUGGCCAAUGAGACCACGAUCACCCUGAGCAGCCUGAACUCCAGCAUGCUCUACAAGUUUUACUUAAGUGCAAAGACAAUCAAAGGCUCUGGCCCCUUCAUCACAGAAGAAGCCUUCACAGUCAUGGACACAGGUAAAGACGACUGGGAAAAGGAGUUGGUAAACAGUUCACACUCUCAUAUGAUAAAAGGUUUAAAGCCCGGGACGUCCUAUAGGGUGCGUGUGGUCGCUAGAGACCCGGCUGACCCGACGGUCCACAGCACAGACGAAGUGUUGGUUACGGUUCCAGCCGUGCCCAGCCGACAGGUCGACAUCGCCACCCAGGGCUGGUUUAUCGGACUCAUGUGUGCUAUCGCCCUCCUCAUCUUGGUCCUCCUCAUUGUGUGCUUCAUCAAGAGGAACAAAGGUGGCAAAUAUCCAGUGAAAGAGAAAGAAGACGCUCACCAAGACCCUGAGAUACAACCUAUGAAGGAGGACGAUGGGACAUUUGGAGAAUACAGUGACACAGAGGACCACAAGCCGCUGAAGGGCAGCCGGACGCCGUCCAAUGGGACGGUGCGCCGUGACGAGAGCGACGACAGCCUGGUGGACUACGGGGAGGGGGGGGACGGACAGUUCAACGAGGACGGCUCCUUCAUCGGCCAAUACAGCGGCAAGAAAGAGAAAGACACGCACGAAGGCAACGAGAGCUCCGAGGCACCUUCGCCCGUCAACGCCAUGAACUCGUUUGUCUAA